AUGCCUCCUUGCUCUGGCAAGAGGAUUACUAGCAGUGUCCUGCUCGAGUGUGACUGUGACACCAAAGACCCCUUAAAAGCAUGGGAGGGCUGUAACCUCAUCACUUUAUUCCAGCAUCCAUGCAUCUCCUCCAUCUCAGGUGUCAUUGCAAAGGAUAAAUGUUAUUACAAGCAAUCUGGAAUCCGUGUCAGGGAUUUUGUACUGAAAACCUGCAGACACACUUCCAUCCCCACAGGCCAGAGGUCGAGAGGAGAUUAUUUUUGGCUUAUCUUCAAGAAGUACCAGUUUGUUUUGGCCCUGAUGUUUGCUAUUGAAGAGAUCAACAAAAAUCCUGAUCUUUUGCAUAACUUGACUCUGGGAUUUGAUAUCUAUAAUCUUCGAUUUGGAGCUUGGACAGCAUUUAAAAAUCCCUUCCUUAACCUCUUUGGGAAGUACAACACUCCAAACUUCACAUGUAUGGGAGAGCGCAAGAACAUAGCAGUACUUACAGGACCAUCAGGAAUAACAUCUGCCCAGAUUGGGGCAUUAUUGGGCCUCUAUAGUUUUCCACAGCUUACCUUUGGGCCUUUUGAUCAAGCGCUGAGCAACCAUAUCAAGUUCCCUGCUCUCUAUCAGAUGGCCCGAAAGGACACAUCGAUGGCCACUGCCAUGGUCUCUUUACUGCUUCACUUCAGUUGGAACUGGGUGGGACUGUUGACCUUAGAAGACGAGAAUGGCUUGUGGAUUCUUCUUGCAUUGAAAGAACAGAUGGCCAAGAACAGAGUUUGUAUAGGUUUUGAGAUCCAAUUUCCAAAGUAUGACCUAUCAGAUUUAUUAAAUGCCAUGAGACUUUAUUACCAGAUAAAUAAAUCUUCAGCAAAUAUCCUCAUCAUAUAUGGUGAUAAUGAAUCCCUCGUACAGUUGUUGAUGAGUAUUGAUCAAUAUUUCAUAAAAGGCAAAGUUUGCAUCUUGAACUCACAGUGGGAUUUCAUCAUGACAAGAAGAUAUUUUAUGCGAGGUUUAUUCCAUAUACCUCUCAUUUUCUCACACCAUCACCCAGAAGUUUCUGGAUUCACAGAUUUUGUCAAGGCAGUGAACCCUUCCACAUACCCAGAAGAUUUUUUCCUGUCUAGGCUGUGGUUUCUCUCUUUUAAUUGCUCAGAUUCUGAGUCGGACUGUAUAACAUGGGAGAACUGUCUACAAGAGGCCUCCUUGGAUUGGUUGUCUAGGCACAUUUUUGACAUGACUAUGUCUGGACACAGUUACAAUAUAUACAACGCUGUUUGCGCUGUGGCCCAGGCUCUCCAUGAGAUGUUGCUAUAUCAAACAGAAGUACAAACAGUAGGAAAAAAGAAAGAGACAGUGCCUUCCCCUGCACAGCUGCACCCUUAUUUGAAGAACACCCAAUUUCACAAUCCUGCUGGAGAUCGAGUGAUUUUGGAUGAGAAAAGAAAAUUGGAGGCAGAGUAUGACAUUGUGAACAUUUGGAAUUUUCCCGAAGGUCUUCAACUUGAGGUGAAAGUGGGAAUGUUUUCUCCAUAUGGUCUACAUGGUCAUCAAUUGUCUUUCUCUGAAGAUUUGGUAGAAUGGUCCAUAGUAACUACAGAGCCUCCGCACUCUGUCUGCAGUGAGAGUUGUGGUCCUGGAUUCAGGAAAUCCCCACAGGAGGGAAAGGCUGCCUGUUGCUUUGAUUGUACCCCUUGCUCAGAGGAUGAGAUGGCUAAUGGGACAGACAUGGAGCAGUGUGUGAAGUGCCCAGAUCACCAAUAUGCCAACACACAGAGAAACCAGUGCCUCCUAAGAGAUGCAAGCUUCCUGGGUUAUGGGGAGCCCUUGGGCAUGGCCUUGGCCUGCAUGGCUCUUGUUUUAUCCACAGUCACCACAGCUGCUCUUGGGAUCUUUGUGAAAUAUCACAACACCCCCAUUGUCAAGGCAAAUAACCAGGCUCUCAGCUACAUCCUGCUCAUCUCCCUCAUCUUCUGUUUCCUCUGUUCCUUGCUCUUUAUUGGCCGUCCCAACACAGUCACCUGCAUUCUACAGCAAAUGACAUUUGGAGUUGCAUUCACUGUAGCCAUUUCUGCUGUUUUGGCCAAAACUGUAACUGUGGUUCUGGCCUUCAAGGUCACCUCUCCAGGGAGAAGGAUGAGGUGGCUGCUGCUGUCAGGGGCUCCUAACUUCAUCAUUCCCAUCUGCACCCUGAUCCAGAUGACUCUCUGUGGACUCUGGCUGGGAACCUCUCCUCCCUUCAUUGACACAGACACACACUUUGAACAUGGCCACCUCAUCAUCCUGUGUAACAAGGGCUCCCUCACUGCCUUUUACUGUGUCUUGGGAUACCUGGGCUCCCUGGCCCUGGCCAGCUUCACUGUGGCUUUCCUGGCCAGGAACCUGCCUGACACCUUCAAUGAAGCCAAGUUCCUGACCUUCAGCAUGCUGGUGUUCUGCAGUGUGUGGCUCACCUUCCUGCCUGUCUACCACAGUGCCAAGGGCAAGGUCAUGGUGGCCGUGGAGGUCUUCUCCAUCUUGGCCUCCAGUGCAGGGCUCCUGGGCUUCAUCUUUCUCCCAAAGUGCUACAUCAUCUUGAUAAGGCCAGAUAGGAAUGUUCUGCAUGGCUUCCGGGACAAAACACAUACUCGGAAAAACACUAACUUCUUAGAGGAGAGACUGCAUCCUUUUGUGAAGAACAUCCAAUUUCACAAUCAUGCUGGAGAUGGAGUGAUUUUGCAAGAGAAAAGGAAAUAUGAGGCAGAGUUUACCUUCAAGAACUAUCAGUUUGUUUUGGCCUUGACUUUUGCUAUUGAAGAGAUCAACAAAACUCCUUCUCUUUUACAUAACUUGACUCUGGGAUUUGAUAUCUGUAAUGUUGAAUUUGGAUUCUCAACAGCAUUUAAAAAUCCCUUCAUUUGCUUUUUUGGGAACUACAUGGUUCCUAACUACUCGUGUAUACGUGGCAGCAAGUCUAUAGGAGCACUUACAGGACCGUCAGGAGUAACAUCUGCCCAGAUAGGCACAUUGCUGGACCUCUACAAGUUUCCACAGCUCACCUUUGGUCCUUUUGAUGAGGCCCUGAAUGACCACAGGAAGUUCCCUGUUCUCUAUCAGAUGGCCUCAAAGGACACAUCCAUAGCCACUGCCAUGGUCUCCUUACUACUUUACUUCAGAUGGAACUGGGUGGGACUGCUAACAACACAAGAUGAGAAUGGCUUGUGGAUUAUUCCUCUACUAAAAGAAGAGAUGGAAAAGAACAGAAUAUGUGUAGCUUUUGUGUUAGCAAUCCGAAACUAUGGCUUAUCAUUAGAAAUCAUGGCACUGUAUCACCAGAUUAAUAAAUCUUCAGCAAAUAUCCUCAUUAUAUACGGUGAUAAUGAAUCCCUACUACAUUUAUUGGUGUGUAUUGAGCAGUAUUUAAUAAAAGGUAAAGUUUGUAUCCUGAACUCACAGUGGGAGUUACCCAUGAAGAAGAGAUAUUUCAUGCGAGGUUCAUUCCAUGUCCCUCUUGCUUUUUCACACCAUCACCCAGAUGUUUCCGGAUUCACAGAUUUUGUCAAGGCAGUGAACCCUUCCACAUACCCAGAAGACUUUUUCCUUGCUCGGCUGUGGUUUCUCUCUUUUAAUUGCUCAGAUUCUGAGUCUGACUGUGUAACAUGGGAAAACUGUCCUCGUGAUGCCUCCUUGGAUUGGUUGCCUGGGCACAUUUUUGACAUGACUAUGUCUGGAGACAGUUACAAUAUAUACAACGGUGUGUACGCUGUGGCCCAGGCUCUCCAUGAGAUGCUGCUACAUCAAACAGAAGUACAGAAAAUAGGAACCAGGAAAGAGACAGUGCCUUCCCCUGCACAGCUGCACCCUUUUCUGAAGAACACACGAAUGCAGAAUGCUGCUGGAGAUCAGGUGAUUUUAGAUGACGAAAGAAAAUUGGAGGCCGAGUAUGACAUUGUGAAUAUUUGGAAUUUUCCAGAAGGUCUUGAUCUUAAGGUGAAAAUAGGAAAGUUUUCUCCAUUUGCUCUACAUGAUCAUCAACUAUCUUUCUGUGAAGAUUUGGUAGAGUGGGACAUAGGAACUACAGAGCCUGUUCAUUCUGUCUGCAGUGAGAGUUGUGGUCCUGGAUUCAGGAAAUCCCUUCAGGAGGGAAAGGCUGCCUGUUGCUUUGAUUGUACCCCUUGCUCAGAGAAUGAGAUGGCUAAUGGGACAGACAUGGAGCAGUGUGUGAAGUGUCCAGGUCAUCAGUAUGCCAACACACAGAGAAACCAGUGCCUCCUAAGAGCUGCAAGCUUUCUGGAUUAUGGGGAGCCAUUGGGGAUGGCCUUGGCCUGCAUGGCUCUUGGUUUAUCUACACUCACAGCAGCUGUUCUUGGGGUCUUUGUGAAACAUCACAACACCCCCAUUGUCAAGGCAAAUAACCAGGUUCUCAGCUACAUCCUGCUCCUCUCCCUCAUCUUGUGUUUUCUCUGUUCCUUGCUCUUUAUUGGCCAUCCCAACCCAGUUGCCUGCAUUUUACAGCAAACAACAUUUGGAGUUGUGUUCACUGUAGCAAUUUCUGCUGUUUUGGCCAAAACUGUAACUGUGGUUCUGGCCUUCAAGGUCACUUCUCCAGGGAGAAGGAUGAGGUGGCUGCUGCUGUCAGGGGCUCCUAACUUCAUCAUUCCCAUCUGCACCCUGAUCCAGGUGACUCUCUGUGGGAUCUGGUUGGGAACCUCUCCUCCCUUCAUUGACACAGACACACACUCUGAACAUGGCCACUUCAUCAUCCUGUGUAACAAGGGGUCCCUCACUGCCUUCUACUGUGUCUUGGGAUACCUGGGCUCCAUGGCCCUGGCCAGCUUCACUGUGGCUUUCCUGGCCAGGAACCUGCCUGACACCUUCAAUGAAGCCAAGUUCCUGACCUUCAGCAUGCUGGUGUUCUGCAGUGUGUGGCUCACCUUCCUGCCUGUCUACCACAGUGCCAAGGGCAAGGUCAUGGUGGCUGUGGAGGUCUUCUCCAUCUUGGCCUCCAGUGCAGGGCUCCUGGGCUGCAUCUUUGUCCCCAAGUGCUACAUCAUCUUGAUAAGGCCAGAUAGGAAUUGUCUGCAUGGCUGCAAUGAUAAAAGAGAUAGAAGUAGAUAUACGCAUUGCUAA